AUGCCCUGGCACGGGCCGCUGGCGCUCAGCCUGCUCUGCCUGGCCUGCUGCCUGCUGCUGCCGGGCCUGGCGGCUUGCGGGCCGGGCCCGCCGGGGCGCAGGCGACAGGCCCGGCGGCACCUGGUCCCGCUGCGCUACAAGCAGUUCGUGCCCAACGUGCCCGAGCAGACGCUGGCGGCCAGCGGACGGGCCGAGGGCCGGCUGGGGCGCCGCGCCGAGCGGUUCCGGGACCUGGUGCCCAACUACAACCCGGACAUCAUCUUCAAGGACGAGGAGAACACGGGGGCGGACCGGCUCAUGAGCCAGCGCUGCAAGGACCGUGUGAACGCGCUGGCCAUUGCUGUGAUGAACAUGUGGCCCGGCGUGAAGCUGCGGGUGACGGAAGGCUGGGACGAAGACGGGCAUCACCUGCCCGACUCGCUGCACUAUGAGGGGAGGGCGCUGGACAUCACCACGUCUGACCGGGACAGGGAGAAGUACGGCCUGCUGGCGCGCCUGGCCGUGGAGGCCGGCUUCGACUGGGUCUACUACGAGUCCAAGGCCCACAUCCACGUGUCGGUGAAAGCAGAUAACUCCCUGGCCAGCAGGGCCGGCGGCUGCUUCCCGGGCCACGCCGUGGUGACGCUGUGGAGCGGCCAGCAGAAGGGGCUGUCAGAGCUGCGCCCUGGUGACUGGGUGCUGACCGUGGACCGGAGUGACCAGGUGGUCCCCACCGAGGUGCUGCUUUUCCUGGACCGCGACCUGCACCAGCGCGUGUCCUUCGUGGCCAUCGAGACGGAGAGCCCCGCCCACCGGCUGCUGCUCACGCCCUCCCAUCUGGUGUUCGCUGCCCAGGCCCCGGCCAAUGGCACGGCCAGCUUCUUGCCUGUCUUUGCCCGGCGGGUGCGGGCGGGCGACUCGGUGCUGGCCCACCACGCUGGCAGACGUGGGCUGCAGCCAGUUCGGGUGCUGCGGGUGUUGCAAGAGGAAGGCGUGGGGGUGUUUGCCCCACUGACAUCACAUGGGACCCUCCUGGUCAACGGGGUGCUAGCCUCCUGCUACGCCGUCCUGGAGAGCCACCAAUGGGCUCACCGCGCCUUCGCCCCCCUCCGGCUCUUCCACGCCCUCCUCUCACUGCUGCCCCCCAGUGGGGAGGCCAAGAACUGCAGUGCGCCGGAGACAGGCAUGCACUGGUACUCACGGCUGCUCUACGAGCUGGCGUGGGGGGUGCUGGGCCAGGACUCCCUCCACACCUAG